AUGAGUGAAGAAAAUGAAAGCGCCUCACUCCCUGUGAGCAAAAAAUUUACUUCACUUAAAAAGGAGCUUAUUUUUUUAAAAAUUUAUAUAUAAAUUUUAUGAAGUAAAAAUUAAUUUAAUUACAAAUUUUAUGUAUUAAAAAUGCAAGCUGUUUAAAAUUCAAAAGAAUUAGCUAGAUUCCAAUGGUUUUGUUCGCUCACAGAGGGUGAGUCAGUAGAAUCCAGACCUCCAGAGCAGCUAUGGAAGAUUAAUAAUAAAAGGGCUCAAAAAAACGGCAAUCAUAAAGGAGUCUAUUGGGUAAAGAAAAGGCAAGCUGAUGAAGAUGGCAAAAUCAGAGGCGAAAAAUGGUUUCAUAGUUCUAAAUAUGAAGGAGAGUGGAAUAAUAACGCUAAAGAAGGGUAUGGAAUCAUGUAUUAUUCAAAUGGAGAUAAAUAUGAAGGCAGCUGAAAAGCUAAUCAAAGAAAUGGAAACGGGACGUUGUGGAAACUGAUUUCAAAAAAAGGGGAUAAGUAUAAAAGAAUUUAUACAGGCGAGUGAAAUGAUGACAGAAUGUCAGGCCAAGGGAGCUAUUUUUAUGAUAAUGAAGAUAGAUAUGAUGGAUUUUGACUGAAUGGCAAAAAGCAUGGACAAGGAAGAAUGAUCUAUGCCAAUGGAGAUAUCUAUGAAGGGCAAUGGGUUGAUGAUUUGAAAGAUGGGUAUGGGAUUUUUACCAAGGCAAAUGGAGACUCGUAUGAAGGCUAUUGGAUGAAAGAUAUGAAGCAUGGGCAAGGAAGUUUUUAUUUUGGAAGCACAAGUAAAAUUUAUGUUGGGGAGUGGGUAGAGGAUAUCCCAAAAUGGUGCAUGCUUUUUAUCGAAACCAUUUGGCAUAGCUGUAUUUAGAAUGCCCUGGGCUAGCAAAUUUCGCUGCAACUCUGGAGUUGAUCCGGCUCCAUAAAUUGCCAAACUAGCUCCACGAGUUGACAAGUGAGCAUAUGUCUGCCGUUUGCCAACUCGAGUUGGUUUUGCAAAUUAUUGAGCUGGGCUAACUCAGCGAAAGUUGCUAACUUAGUGCGAAAUAAUUGCCGUCCUGGCUAUAGUGUAGCAAUUGCUCAAGAAAUUAUUAGAAAUUUGUUUUAUCUUACGACAUUUCCUUUGAAAUUUGACCUUUUCUUGAUAUAGGGGUUUCCCCUAGAUAGCCCUUGCAGAGCUGUGGAUUCUGUCCGGAAUCUUUGGUUGGUGGAGCCAACUCACUACUUGGUCGGAACAACUCACUUGUUGGUUCCAUCAACCAAAGGAGUCCAGAUAGAAUCCACAGCCCUGUAAGGGCUAUCUAGGGGAAAACCCCUAUAUGCAAUCACAUUAUAAAAACAUUCAACCAAAUUCCCCUAGCAAAUUUCAUAUUAACAAAAAAUUCGGAUCAAAUGAUAUGCAGCCUCCAAAAUGUGGGGUAUUCACAGAGGUUGAAGACGAUGACGUCGUAAAGCAGUGCAGACCUAAGUAUUUUACAGAUCCAAAUACAGCUCCUCCACUGCCUGAGUUAAAAUUGGAGGACCCUCAUGGAGUCCUUAGAGAAACAUUAGAAGAAGUAAGAAAGCUUGAGGAUAAACUGCUAGAGCAAGAAUAA